AUGGAUCGACGUACUGUUUUAAAAUCAACUCAUAUACAGCAGAAGAUUGCUGAAAAAAAAGCAGAGUUGGAGAACUUGAAUGAAAUUAAAAAAUUCACAUCUAUUUUAACAAAUCAAUUGGAUGAACUAGAGAAUAAAUUGGAUUAUAUGGCAGAAGGUACAGAAAGUGUUGCAUUGGUUUUAUCUAAUUGGCAAAAUGUGGUGAAGUCCGUGUCGUUGGCAUCCCUAGGAUUGUUGAAAUAUAGUGAGAAGGAUUAUGAGACUGGAGCACCUCUACCUGAAUGUCUCGUGCGUAUAAAGCUUGAUAAAGAUGACAAUGUUGGUGAAGAAAUACAAGAAAAGGAAGAGAUGGAGACAGACGACUACAUACUGGAUCAGCAGGCUGAAGAGAGUGAAAAUAUAAACGAGGAAGAGGAUAGACAAGAAGUGCAGACUUCCUAUACAGAUUAA